AACUAUAUACAUAAAAAGCCGUACUUUCCCGAGCUGGACGUUGUGCGGAACAUAACGGGACGAUGCGUAUCAGCUGUGCGGAAGAAGCGUUCGCGUAAAGUGGUGCAUUGUUAUUCUAAAUUCUUUAAACUUCUCGACGCGUAAAAUUGCUCAAACUUUGCCGGAUCCCCGUAUUUCUGGUAGGCAACAGGCUGUAUAUUGGAAGGAACGAGUAAAUGUUAUCGCGCGGUUGGUUCUUUUAUCCCAAAGGGCCAUGCCGGCUGAUUGUUCGGAACAACUACACCAGUAGAGGAGAAUUAUAUAACAAAUGCUACCGCAUCCUUGGCGUAACGGACCAGUCCGAUCAGAACACAGUCCGCCAAGCGUACAUUGCAAUGGUGAAGAAGGUGCACCCAGACAGUGGUCUACCGGAGGCAAAUGCCGAGAAGUUCCAUGAGGUUGAUUCAGCCUUCCGUAUCCUGCAGCAAAAGUUUGCCAAAUCUCGCCGUGGAAUCGUGGAGGACAUGCAGGACAAGGUCAAGGUGUUCGACAUUCGCCACACGGCUCCGCAACAUCGCCAGUACUUGAGCUUCGAUGGCGUAGGCGUGGGAACUCCGGCUCAACGUCAGAAGCAGUAUCAAGCCGUUCGCGCGCAACGGGCUCAGGAGCGAGUCCUUGAACACCGGAUGUCCAAAGCCCAAGCGUCCGAAAUGGCGCUGAUGAAGAAGGGAGACUACUUCAAGAAGCACGAAAUCAAAACCAAGUACGGUUAUGAUCGAGUGGUGGAGGAUUUGAUUCAGGAAGCGAUGGGCAGGGGCGAUUUCAGCAACUUGUCCGGCUUCGGGAAGCCCUUGCCUGAUCUGACCAGCCAGAACCCCUAUGUAGACUUCACCACGCACAAAAUCAAUAAAAUUAUGCUAGAUAACGGGUUCACACCGGAGUGGAUCACACUGCAUAAGGAGAUUCGAGAAGAGACGGAAUCUUUGAAGCAUAGUUUGGAAAAAGAGCGUGGCCGUCUCGGUGAGUUUCCGCUGAGUCCUCAAGACGAGUACAAAUGGGAAAAGGUAUUGGAGAGCCACGAAGCGCUCUCGACCACUAUCAACAAGAAAAUCGAUAAGUUCAACCUGAUUGUGCCGGUGCUGAACAGACAAAUGGUGCGCUUGGACCUGAGGCAGCUGGCCGGGAAAGUUUUGGAAACGGGGAAACAUAAAGGGCAGAUACGACGGGAAGAGGAACUGCUGUCGCCGGUCAAUAAUCCCAAGGAGGCUCACAAAACUAAUAUUUUCAGUUUUAUUGGUUCGUUGUUGAAUUAAUCCGAAUAUGUUGCUAUUAUUGAGGCAUGUAAAUAUGUAAAUAAAUGAAACAAAUGUUAGUAUACAA